CUUUCUUUCUUUUCCGAAUGGUCAUUACAGUUUUGGCCGAGGCUUUUCCCACUUUGGUCUCUCUCGCCCCAUCUCUCGACGGCCGAGGCUAUUCCUUUCGGCUCUGAGUCUCUCUCUCUAACAGCGCUUCUGUAGUAGAUUCGGUAGCACAAUGUCGGAGACGGAGGAUGAGAAGUUGUUGAAGGAGGCUGAGGAACUGCCGUGGGAGGUUCGACUGUUGCAUAAGAACUGGAAGGUGAGGAACGAGGCUAACAUCAACCUCGCCGCCCUUUGCAAUUCCAUCACGGAUCCCGAGGAUCCCCGCCUACGCGAAUUCGGGCCGUUCUUUAAGAACACCGUUGCGGAUUCAAACCCGUACGUGCAGGAGAGGGCUCUCGACGCGCUGAUUGCGUACUUGAAAGUUGUCAAUGCAGAUUCUGCGGAAGGAUAUGCGAAAGAAGUGUGUGAUGUAAUUGCAGCAAAAUGCCUAACUGGUAGACCCAAGACAGUCAAGAAGUCUCAGAUGGUGUUCAUGCUUCUGAUAGAGUUGGAAUCUGUUGACGUUGUCUUGGAUGCUAUGGAGAAAGCUAUUAUUAAAAAGGUUGCUAAAGCAGUUGUUCCAGCAAUUGAUAUCAUUUUGCAAGCUUUAAGAGAAUUUGGGGUGAAGAUAGUGCCCCCUAAAAGAAUAUUAAAGCUGUUGCCUGAACUCUUUGACCACCGAGAUCAAAAUGUUCGUGCUUCAUCCAGAGGAUUAACGCUUGAGCUUUGUCGUUGGAUUGGAAAAGAAACUGUGAAAUCAGUAUUGUUUGAGAAAAUGCCAAAUGCGAUGAAAAAAGAAUUGGAGGCUGAGCUUGUCAGUGUCUCUGGGAUAGCUAGACCAUCUCGCAAAACAAGAUCCGAGCAAGAACCUGUGUCUGAAAUUGUAGGUUCUGGUCGUGAAGAAUCUGUUGCUGAUGCAGCCCAGGAAAUAGAUGAGCAUCAACUUGUUGACGCUGUUGAUAUAUUGACUCCUUUGGAGACGGCAGGGUUUCAGGAUGGACUGCCAGGUGAUAUGAGUCUUGAAGAGAUUGAACGCAGAGUAGGUUCUCUCAUACAACCUCAUAUUGUUGACCGAUUGAAGAGCGCUGUCUGGACAGAGAGGUUUAAAGCAAUUGUGUCAUUUAAAGAGCAGGUGGAAUUGAUAAAGGAACUUGACCAGUCGGUGGAGAUCUUAGUUCGUUUCCUCUGUGCUGUUCCUGGAUGGAGUGAGAAAAAUGUUAAGGUCCAACUAAAGGUUAUUGAUGUUAUCACCCAUAUAGCUUCAACUGCAUCAAAGUUUCCAAAAAAUUGUGUUGUUCUUUGCAUUCUUGGUAUUGGUGAAUGUGUUGCGGAUAUGAAGACCUGUGCUCGUGCCAAGAAGUGCCUAACAACGUUUUCGGAGGCCGUAGGCCCAGGAUUUAUUUUUGAAAGACUUUACAAAAUCAUGAAGGAGCACCGUAAUCCCAAGGUUCUUAUCAAGGGUAUCCAGUGGAUGGUUUCAGCAGUUGAGGACUUUGGUGUUUCAGAUUUAAAAAUUGAGGAUUUGCUGUAUUUUUGCAAAUCUAUGGGUUUGCUAUCCAGUGUUGCUGCUGCUAGAAAUGCCACUAUAAAACUGAUUGGUGCUUUACACAAGUUUGUUGGGCCAGAUAUCAAAGGGUUCUUCUCAGAUGUCGGACCUGCUGCUCUUUGUAUUGCACUUGAGGCAGAGUGCAGAAAAAACCCUUUUGUGAGUGGAGCUGCAGUCCCAAAAAAGACUAUAAAGUCGUUGGAAUCCUUGUCAUUAUUGUCUGGUGGUGGCUUAGGUAGCCUACCAUGCAAAGAUAUUAGUGCAAUACCUACUUUGAUGAAAGGAUUAGAAAGUGCUGAUUCGAAGGUCUGGUUUUCAGCAUAUAAAUCCUUUGUUUGUAAUGUAGUUUGUGAUUAUGAGUUACAUUUAUUAGAAGUGGUACCUAUUGUUCAGAAUUAUUCUCCUGAAUGGGUUUUUCUUUUAUCCAGGUUCGUUUAGAAUGUAUUGAGGUUUUAUCUAAAAUCUGGACAGGUUAGUUUAGAAUCUGUUCAAAUCCUUAGUCUAAGUUGCUUCUGUUUCUG